AUGAGUCGCCUGCUCAAGCGGGCCCUCCAGCAGCAGCAGCGGCAGGAAGCGCCGGGUGACGCGAGCGGCGAGUCGAGCGAGGAGGACGCGCCGCGUGGGCAGCGCAACAACGGCGGCUUCUCCUUUCUGCCCGCCUCUGAAUCCUCGGAGGUGUCGGAAAGCUCUGAGGAGGAGGAGGAGCUCCAAAGAGAGGAGCAGAAGGAAGAGACGGCUGCACAGGCGGCCGCACAACCCGACACAGUCCUCGAGGACCCGCUGCCAGCAGUCGAGGAGCCGCGCCCGCCGCCGGCCGCAGCUGCGCCAGCCACAGAGCCGUCAGGCGUGCCAGACAUCCCCACGCUCUGGCUGCUCGAGCCGCGGCACCUCGACAGCGCGAACGAGCUCGGAGCCCGCUUUGGCAAAAACACGAUGCGCUUGCUCGCCGCCGCCGGACGGGGCGGCAAGCCGAAGCGCGGCGCGGGCUGGCGGGGCGGCGGAGGCGGCCGGGGCGGCCGCUACACGCGCGCGGCGCUGCUGGCGAGCGGGAAGGACCACUGGCCUCCGCUCGGAGGAGGGGUCGACACCGACGAGCCGGCGCAGGGGCGCGGCCCCUCCGCCAGUGUAGGCGCCGACCCGCCGAUGAGCUUUGUGUUUGUGCACUCGCGCUCGUACCGGGAGCUGCAGGUCGAGGUCGAGGUCGAGGUCGAGGUCGAGGUCGAGGUCGAGGUCGAGGUGGAGAUGGCGACGGCGACGGGCGACCCCGCAGCACUGCAGCGCGUGCUGGCCGCUUGCCCGUACAACACGGACGGCCUCGCGCUGCAUGCGUGCGAGGCCGCCUUCCACCCGCAGAUGCGCAGCCGCUGCACGCAGGGCACGGCGCGGCUGCGGUGGCGCAACGCGGCGAACCGGCCUUUCCUUCGCGCGCUCUUCCGCCAGAUGAAGCGCGCGAGUCGGGAGGGCUGCCAUCGCACGGCGCUCGAGCUCGGCAAGCUGCUCUUCUGCCUCGACCCGGAGGGGGACCCGAUGCACCUCCUCCUGCGGCUGCCGGGCCUCGCCCUCGCCGCCGGCGAGCACCGCCCGCCUGCCCCACCCCCUUUCACCCACCCUCCACCCCCCAUCCCACGCGAGCACCGCUGGCUGCUCGCGCUGCCCUCCGCCCUCCCGGCCCACGGGCUCCCCCUCUACCCGCAGUACGCCCUGUCGCUCGCCCUCGCGGAGCGCCUCUCCGCGUCGCCCGACGCAGGAGGCGCGAUCUCCCGCAAUCUCCCAGCCUCUCUCCAUCAUUCCACCGAUCUCACAGCUCCGCGCGCCGAGGGGGCGGUCGGGGCGGGGGAGGCGCAGCUGCGGCGCGCGCUGCUGCUCUUCCCGCCGCUGCUUCCGCUGCUCGUGCGGAAGGCGCGGUGUCGCCCGCGGCGUCGCAGCGCCUUCCGCUCGGUGCCUCACUCCUUCCGGCGGACCAAGGAGACUUUGAGCAAGCAGGUGCCGCACCCGCUCGUGGAGGAGGAGGCGUGCGGCGCGACGCUGGGCCUUCUCCUCCGCCUGUACGCCUCGCAGCACACGCCGCACCUCUGGGCGUGGCUCCUCGCGUCUGCAGACUCCCUGCUGCGCCGCCUGGAGGCGCGGGACAAGGACGUGGUUGCCCUCGCCGCCGAUUGCGCGGUCGCCCGGCAAGCCGAGUACUUCUGCGGCGCGCACGAGCACACCGAGUUUGCCGAGGCGGACCCCUCCGAUUUCGGGCUCGAGCUACCGGCCCAGCUGCCGGCCGAGCUGCUCGCCGCGGCGCUCGCCGACCCCGACAGGCCGCCGCCGCCGCCGGCUGAGCCUCGGCUGCCGGGGCGUCUGGUGGUGCCGCGGAGGGAGCGGCUGCAGCUCCGCGCGCAGACGCACCCCGUCGUGCAGUUCUUCCUCUCGCUGCUGCCGUGGGCGAUGGCGCCGCACCGGGACUGA